AUGUCGUGCCCGCAUCUCGAGUCCAUCGAGCUCAAGCCGCCGACUCCUGUUCAGUCUGUGUACAAGGAAGACUGCACACAAUGUUUUGACUCGAUUGACAACGCUGGAGGGCUCGAUGUCUGCCUUCAGUGCUUCAACGGAGGCUGCACCGGUGAUCGGGAGCACUCGCUGCUUCACAACGCAGUCUGGGGCCACCCGCUUGCUCUCAACAUCCGCCGCACCCGAAAGGCGAUCCAUCGCGAUGAACCCCCCGCCAAGAUGACCAAGCUUGCCAUUGCUGCCGAGACGGAAGAAGAUCGAUACGAUACUGCUCUGGCCGCCAAAUGCAUCGAAUGCCAAGUCGAACUGGACACGACGAAUGCGAAGCUAGCCCCCAUCGUCGAUGGCAUUCUCAAGGCACACACCUUUUCCCGAAAGGAAGAGGUAAAGGCGUGGGAGCAAGAGCUCACGACGUGCGAGCACAUCUUGACCAUGCAGCAGCAUCCAUCCCGCAAGAUCGAGCAGGGCGAGCUUGGCCACUGCUCAGGUUGUGAUCUCAGAGAAAACCUUUGGCUUUGCCUGGAAUGUGGAAACCUGGGUUGUGGCCGGAAGCAGAUGGGUGGCGUUGACGGCAAUUCGCACGCCUUGGGCCAUGCCACCGAAUCUGGCCACGGCGUGGCUGUCAAGUGUGACGAAGAGCGUAUCGAUGAGCUUCUCGGCGAUCACCUGGCCCAUUGGGGAAUCAUCCUAGCCGAGCGCCAAAAGACGGAGAAGAGCUUGACGGAGAUGCAGAUUGAGCAGAACCUCAAGUGGGACUUUAGCAUGACUACAGAAGAUGGCCAAGAGCUGAAGCCUGUGUUUGGACCUGGUCUCACCGGACUGAAGAAUCUUGGCAACAGCUGCUACCUAGCCAGCAUCAUCCAGUGCCUAUUCGACAUGCCCUCGUUCCAGCAGCGCUAUUACAGUGCUGACAACGACUUGCCCAUCAUCCAGGAGCCUGCAGCCGAUCUCGAGACUCAGUUGAGAAAGAUUGCCCACGGCCUGUUAUCCGGUCGGUAUUCAGAGCCUGAUACCUCUGUAGGAUCGGGAUCAGAGAUUGCCUACCAGAGAGGAUUGGCACCAGCCAUGUUCAAGCAUCUGAUAGGUAGAGGCCACGAGGAGUUUUCCACCAUGCGACAGCAAGACGCCUUUGAACUGUUCCAGCAUCUCUUCAAGCUCAUUAGCCGGUCACCACACAACGAAGACGGCCAAAAGGAUCCCACAGCCGAAUUCCGAUUCGUUCUAGAGCAGCGGCUCCAGUGUCUCGGAUGCCACAAACUCGAGACAAGCGAGGGUGGCGAGACGGCAAACGCCUACAAGCCAGUCACUCUGAAAGAAUGUUUGGACAACUUUACCGGCGCCGAGAAAGUCGAGUUGACAUGCUCAUCGUGCGGCAGCAAGGCGGGCUUCACCAAGCAGUCGCUCUUCAAGACGUUCCCCAACGUUUUGGCCGUCAAUGCACGAAAGAUGGCCGUUGUCAACUGGGUCCCUAUCAAGAUUGAUGUCCCCGUCAUUGUCCCAGACGAACCAUUUUUGCUGGACGACUACCUCUCCAAGGGACUCCAGCCGUCAGAAGAGUUGCUGCCUGAAGAGCCCGAAAACAAGGUUCCCGCAUUUGUGGCGGAUGCGACAGCAGUUGCCCAGCUUGAGGCCAUGGGCUUCCCGCUGAACCGAGCUGAGAAGGCCUUGCACGCGACCGGUAACUCUGAUGCAAAUGCGGCCAUGGAAUGGCUCUUUGCACACCUCGACGAUGCCGAUAUUGAUGCGCCGCUCGAUUUAGGAUCCGGGUCGGGAGAUGCUGGCACUGCUGACCCCGAAAAGAUUGAGAUGCUUGGCGCCAUGGGAUUCGGUGCUCCCCAAGCCAAGAAGGCGCUGAAAGAAACGGGCGGCGAUGUCGAGCGAGCUGUAGAGUGGCUCUUUAACCACCCUGACGACCAGGGCAUCACUGAGGAUGAGAACUCUGGCGCAGCAGCAGAGACAGCUCCCAAAGAGCCUGCUGGAAGCGCAACACUGCCGGCAAGAUUCCAGCUGCAGUCCAUUGUGUGCCACAAGGGCACAAGCAUUCACGCCGGCCACUACGUUGCCUUUAUUCGCAAGUCUCUGGAAGGCAGGGAGACGCCCACAUGGGUGCUCUUCAACGACGAAAAGGUGGUGGAAGCUCACGACGUUGAGGAAAUGCGCAAGUUUGCAUAUGUGUACUUUUUCAAGAGAACUUGA